CCCCCCCAGGUGCACGGGCUGGUGGAGGAGGGGCUCUGGGAGGCCGUGAGAAGCUACGACAAGGACCCGUCGCUGACCGCCGCCCUGGACGCCUUCCAGCAGGAGUUCUCGUGCUGUGGGGUGGAUAACUACACGGACUGGGCCAGCCUGGAGCAGUUCAGGGCCAACGACUCCGUGCCCAGCUCCUGCUGCCGCCAGCCCAGCGCCGGCUGCAACGUCCGGCCCAGCCCGGCCACCGUCUUCACCAGGGGCUGCCUGCCGAGCCUCGAGGCCUGGGUCAGGAGGAACAUGCUGGUGGUGGCGGCCGUGGCGCUGGGCAUCGCCUUCUUCGAGGUGAGACCCCCCCCAAAAGGGGCUGGGACCCCCCUGAAUGGGGCUGGGAGCCCCACUGACCCCGUGGGGCUGGGGUCUGGUUCUGGGGGCUCCGUGUGCCACCUCCAUGUCCCCAGAUCCUCACGUGCCACCUCAGUGUCCCCAGAUCCCCCGAGCUGA